CAAAGGCGUGCACAAGCAAAAAAGAACCAAAAGUGAAAGAAAAAAAAAAAAAAAAAAACUACAUAAAGCAAGGCACCUUCAAUAUUUAUCAACGGAAUCUAGUUCCAAAUUAAUCUUUACAAAAACCAAAAUCUAACACAAACCCAUUUCAUAUCACAUCCUAAUCUCAAAUGGGUAUUUGUUGGUCUUUACUAAAACCUCAUAGAAGCCACGAAAUCCCGAUUAGGUCUCCCUCACCCCCUCGGAAUCAAUAUAGUACCCCCGAUGAUCGUGUCACUGAACAAGAACGAACAUAUGGUCCUAUUCCUAGCAAAUUUGACCCACGUAAUAAAACCAUGAAAAACCAUGAUCAAGAUGGUUCUAUCUUAGGUAAGGUGUAUGUUGACUUAAAACAAAUUUAUCAUAUAGGGAAAGAAUUAGGAAGAGGUCAGUUUGGAGUCACGUAUAUUUGUACCGAAAAGGCGACAAGAAUGAAGUACGCAUGCAAGUCAAUAGCGAAAAAGAAGCUUGCGACAAAGAAGGAUAUGGAGGAUGUAAGGAGGGAGAUAUUGAUGUUGCAACAUUUAACCGGACAACCGAAUAUUGUGGAGUUUAGAGGAGCAUAUGAAGAUGAAAUUAGUGUGCAUUUGGUGAUGGAGUUGUGUAGUGGUGGUGAGCUUUUCGAUAGGAUAACGAAAAAGGGAAGUUAUUCCGAGAAAGAAGCAGCAAAGAUUGCAAGGCAGAUUGUGAAUGUGGUUCAUGUUUGUCAUUUCAUGGGGGUUAUGCAUAGAGAUUUAAAGCCUGAAAAUUUCUUGAUGGUUAGUCAAGAUGAAGAUGCUCCAAUUAAGGCUACUGAUUUUGGGCUUUCGGUUUUCAUUGAAGAAGGAAAAGUUUACAAGGAAAUAGUUGGAAGUGCAUAUUAUGUUGCGCCAGAGGUGUUACGAAGACGUUAUGGGAAAGAGAUCGACGUAUGGAGUGCGGGUGUCAUUUUAUACAUUCUUCUCAGCGGUGUUCCUCCUUUUUGGGGAGAGACCGAAAAGGCAAUAUUUGAAGAAAUAUUAGACGGUAAACUUGACCUUCAAAGUCCUCCAUGGCCUUCAAUAUCUGCUGGUGCUAAAGAUUUGAUCUCCAAGAUGUUGAUCAAAAAUCCUAAGAAUCGUAUCACCGCCGCUAAAGCCCUCGAGCACCCAUGGCUAAAAGAAGAUGGUGAAGCAUCAGAAGUGCCGAUGGAUAGCGCAGUUUUGAUACGAAUGAAGCAAUUUAGAGCAAUGAACAAGUUAAAGAAGCUUGCAUUGAAGGUUAUUGCAGAAAACUUGGAAUCAACAGAAGAGAUAAAGGGCUUGAAGCAAAUGUUCCACAACAUGGACACUGAUGGAAAUGGUUCUAUAACAUAUGAUGAACUUAAAACUGGACUAACAAAGCUCGGAUCCAGGCUUUCUGAGGCCGAAAUACAACAGCUUAUGGAAGCUGCUGAUGUUGACAAGGAUGGAACAAUUGACUACAUCGAGUUCAUCACUGCCACAAUGCAUCGACACAAACUUGAUAGGGAAGAGAACUUGUACAAAGCCUUCAGAUUCUUUGACAAGGAUGAUAGCGGAUAUAUCACUAGAGAUGAGUUGAAACAUUCUAUGACUCAAUAUGGAAUGGGGGAUGAAGCAACCAUUGAUGAAGUCCUUGACGAUGUAGAUACAGAUAAGGAUGGGAAGAUAAACUACGAAGAGUUUGUGGCGAUGAUGAGGAAGGGUACAGUUGAACCAGUUUUAAAAAGACCACGCGUGGUGUCACACAGAUGGUUCUCAGUUUUCACUCGAAGAAAAAUCCCUGGAAUGUUAAUAGGUUGGAUUUUAGCUUUAACAUUGAUGAUUUUGGGAACUUACAACCGUAAUUAAGAUUACAUAUGAUUGUCUUGAGAAACAAUGAGUUUCCAAGGAAUGGAAUCAAGUCAUUUACCGUGUUU